GUCAGGCCUGUUGCACCAGCUUGGUUUGGUUGCUUCAUGUUUGUGCAUUUGAUUUUUGUUGAACUGUGAAUGUGAUUUUAAAAUAUUGUAAUGCACAUGCUGAUGCGCGUGUAGGAGAAAUGGAUACUGGGUUAGAGGACCUCGAGCUGAGAGAGUCACAGAGGGAAUAUCUGGACUUUCUGGAUGAUGAUCAAGAUCAGGGCAUCUACCAUGAAAAGGUCAGGAGUAUGGUGUCUGAUGGACAGUGUCGUCUCAUUGUCAACAUUAAUGAUCUGAGAAGAAAAAGUGAAAAAAGAGCUAAAGAAUUACUGAAGAAUGCUUUCGCUGAGCUGGUGGCGUUUCAGAAAGCCCUGAAGGAUCUCGUGGCUUCAAUAGAUGCCACUUAUGCUAAGCAGUUUGAGGAGUUUCAUGUUGGUUUCGAGGGGAGUUUUGGGAACAAACAUGUGUCUCCUCGUACUCUGAGUGCUCGCUUUCUGGGAAACCUUGUGUGUGUGGAAGGCAUCGUGACCAAGUGUUCUUUGGUGAGGCCUAAGAUUAUGCGCAGUGUCCACUAUUGUCCAGCUACCAAGAAAACCUUGGAACGAAAGUAUACAGAUCUGACAUCAUUGGACGCUUUUCCUUCUAGUGCCAUCUAUCCGACCAAAGAUGAAGAAAACAAUCCUCUGGAGACAGAGUUUGGCCUUUGCUGCUAUAAAGACCACCAGACACUGACCAUUCAGGAGAUGCCAGAGAAAGCCCCCGCUGGACAACUGCCACGCUCUGUCGACAUCAUCGCCAAUGAUGACCUCGUGGAUCGGGUCAAGCCAGGUGACCGCGUGCAGAUCGUAGGUGUUUACCGCUGCCUGCCCGCAAAACAGGGCGGUUUCACCUCAGGGACCUUCAGAACAAUCUUAUUGGCUAACAAUGUGAAGCUUAUGAGUAAGGAGAUCGUACCCACCUUCUCUGGUGAUGAUGUCGCCAAGAUCAAGAAGUUUUGUAAAGCUCAUUCGAAAGAUGUUUUCGAGCAGUUGAGUCGGUCUUUGGCCCCCAGCAUUCAUGGCCACGAGUACAUAAAGAAGGCCAUUCUCUGUCUGCUGCUAGGAGGCAAUGAGACCAACCUGGAGAAUGGGACGCGCAUCAGAGGAGACAUCAACAUUCUGCUCAUAGGUGAUCCUUCUGUCGCAAAGUCUCAGUUGCUGCGGUAUGUUUUGUUCACGGCACCAAGAGCAAUUCCCACCACUGGACGGGGCUCAUCUGGGGUGGGUUUGACAGCGGCGGUCACGACUGAUCAGGAGACGGGUGAGCGCCGUCUGGAGGCAGGAGCUAUGGUGCUUGCUGACAGAGGUGUGGUUUGCAUUGAUGAGUUUGAUAAGAUGUCAGACAUGGACCGAACCGCCAUCCAUGAAGUGAUGGAGCAGGGCAGGGUCACCAUUUCCAAAGCUGGGAUUCAGGCAAGGCUGAACGCUCGCUGCAGUGUGUUAGCUGCUGCUAAUCCAGUGUACGGAAGGUAUGACCAGUAUAAGACCCCCAUGGAGAACAUCGGGCUCCAGGAUUCCUUGCUUUCCAGAUUUGAUCUGCUCUUCAUAGUUCUGGAUCAGAUGGAUCCUGACAGUGAUAAGGAGAUCUCGGAGCAUGUGUUGCGUAUGCAUCGCUACAGAGCACCGGGAGAGGCAGAGGGAACAGCAAUGCCGCUGGGAAGUACAGUGGACGUGUUCGCCACAGAAGACCCAAACAUCACAGAAGCAUCUGAGCAGGAGUUGCAGAUCUAUGAGAAAAAAGACAAUGUCCUGCAUGGCCACAGGAAGAAAAGGGAGAAGAUUGUUACAAUGGAGUUCAUCAGGAAGUACAUCCACGUGGCCAAGCUGGUGAAGCCAGUGUUGACUCAGGAGGCAUCAGACUAUAUAGCGGAGGAAUAUUCUAGACUCCGGAGCCACGACCAAGUCAACAGUGAUUCUGCAAGGACAAUGCCUGUGACCGCUCGAGCUCUGGAAACCAUGAUUCGAUUGUCUACAGCCCAUGCCAAAGCCCGCAUGAGUAAAACCGUUGACCUGGCCGAUGCAGAAGCUGCACUUGAACUCAUGCAGUUUGCGUAUUUCAAAAAGAUUCUGGAGAAGGUCAAGAAGAGAAAGGUACCAGAGGACUCGGAGAUCGACGUCUCUCAGAGCCAAGAGACUGAUAGUCAGAGGAGCCUCAGGAAGCGCUCUCGCAUCUCCAAAGAUGGUGAUGAUGUGGAAAUGACACAAGAUGGAGAGGAUGAGGAUCCUUAUGAUUUCACUGAAGAUGAAAAUACUCAGCCGAGUCAGAAGAGUAGGCCGGCGUCUCAGAGGAGCAGUCAGAGGAAGAAAACAGACAUCAGUCAGGAGAGAUUUAAGACCUUCAAGACUGCCCUGGUGAAUGCCUUUAAGGUGACCCGCUCUCAAUCUGUGGCAGUUUCUGAUCUCCUGACUCACAUAAACCAAGGCCAGGACGAGGAGUUUGACCAGAACGAGAUUAACCUACUGCUGGAGUGUAUGCAGGAUGACAACCAGGUCAUGGUCUCAGAGGAUGUGGUGUUUCUCAUCUAAAAAGGGCAAUGCAUUGUUUACAAGUUCAGAAAUUUGGAUCACUUGAAUUAUAACAUGCCCGCACUGUUUUACAAAUGAUGAAGAAAAAAAAAACGCUAAUAAACUGUGAGCAUUAAUAGUUGA